CUUAAAUACUUCCCUUUUAGGUUUUCUAUGUGAGUGGAGAAGACAGUCGCUGCAAGUAGAAGUGACACAGCAUUUUUUUUAGGAUGUCUGAAGAUGAAGAAAAAGUGAAAUUACGCCGUCUUGAACCAGCUAUACAGAAAUUCAUUAAGAUAGUAAUCCCAACAGACCUGGAGAGGCUAAGAAAGCACCAGAUAAAUAUUGAGAAGUAUCAAAGGUGCAGAAUCUGGGAUAAGUUGCAUGAAGAGCAUAUCAAUGCGGGACGUACAGUUCAGAGAGCAUGCACUAGCAGUGGGGAGGGGCAGAGUAAAGAAGAGAGAAUGCAAACCCCCACUGAGUACAGAGCCCUGUAUGGACCCCAAGACCUGGAUCAUGACCUAGCCGAAAUCAAGAGUCAGAUGUUUAACCAACUGAGCCAUCUGCAACUCCGUUCCAAUAUCCGAGAAAUGGAGAAACUUUGUUUGAAAGUCCGAAAGGAUGACCUGGUACUUCUGAAGAGAAUGAUAGAUCCUGUUAAAGAAGAAGCAUCAGCAGCAACAGCAGAAUUUCUUCAACUCCAUCUGGAAUCUGUAGAAGAACUUAAGAAACAGUUUAAUGAUGAAGAAACUUUAUUACAGCCUUCUUUGACCAGAUCCAUGACUGUUGGUGGAACAUUUCACGCUGCUGAGGCUGAAGCCGAUCCUCAGAAUAUGACUCAGGUAUAUGCGUUGCCUGAAAUUCCUCGAGAUGAAAAUGCUGCAGAAUCAUGGGAAACCUUAGAAGCGGACUUAAUUGAACUUAGCCAACUGGUCACUGAUUUCUCUCUCCUAGUGAAUUCUCAGCAGGAGAAGAUUGACAGCAUUGAAGACCAUGUCAACAGAGCUGCUGUGAAUGUUGAAGAGGGAACCAAAAACUUGGGGAAGGCUGCAAAAUACAAGCUGGCAGCUCUGCCUGUGGCAGGUGCACUCAUUGGAGGAGUGGUAGGGGGUCCGAUUGGCCUCCUUGCAGGUUUCAAAGUGGCAGGAAUUGCAGCUGCACUUGGUGGUGGGGUGUUGGGCUUCACAGGUGGAAAAUUGAUACAAAGAAAGAAACAGAAAAUGAUGGAGAAGCUCACUUCCAGCUGUCCAGAUCUUCCCAGCCAAACUGACAAAAAAUGCAGUUAAAAACCAAACUUCAGCAUUAUUGGCGCCAACGUGUCUAUCCUAAUGAGGAUCUUUGCUGCUGUUGGACACUCAGUCAGCUUUUGGAACAUGAUUAUGUCAAGAUAGUGGCUAUAGAUGCUCAAAUGGGAUUGAACUGUGCUAAGUAGAUAUAUUUUGUUGUUUGCUGGAGUGUUAGGGAGACCUUAGAGAUCGAGGAGCCUGGGCUGAGGGUGUGUAAUGUCAGGUAAAGUUUAAAGACUGCCAAGGACCAGAUUUUCUGCAUAGAAAUGUAAAAAAUGGAUUUUUAACUUUGAUAAGGACUCGAGAUGUGUGGACAUGAUGGAUUAUGGAAGGCUGGUGUAUUCCAUAACCCUGACUUGGAGACCCUAAGACUAACUGUGUUAUAAAUAUGCUUAUUGAUCUCCUAUAUAUAGGAGGUUAUUUAGGCCUGUUAACAAAGAAAAGAAUGGGGAGUUCAAGAGCCUUUCUUAUCAAAUAAGGAAAUCAGGAUCUAGUGAGGGGCACAGGUGAACCACAUAAUGGAGUCCAUUUGGUGAACCCUAUUAUAGUUUGGUCCACCUGUAUUUUCUGGUGAAGGACACUAAUAGUGUAAGAAAAUGGAAAGAGAGGUGCAGCUUCUCUUUGAGAUACCUUAAUUUGUGACACUGGCUUCUUUGAACUCUUCCUUCUAUCUUUUGAAAUAAAGAACACAGAAUCUCAAGUGAUAGGAGACUAUUAAGCCGGUCACUAAGCUUGGUCUGUCAGCCUGUCUUUUAACAACUCAAAGAUCUAGUGCCCUCUGCCUUCCCUCCCUUGUAAUUCUGCAAAGUUCUUUGACUUGUGGGGUGAAUUCUACCCAUGUGUAAUGAGGACUUUUCUCCUAAUCUGCUUUCUUGUAUUGUCUCCUAUAUCCAUUCAUCCUUUCCUAUAACCUCUAGGUAAAAGAGAGAAAGAAAGGAAAUCUCCAAUAUUUCCAGCAUUGUUAGAGUUUGAGGUAAAAAAUAAGCAGGUAGCAGGAGGUACCAGAUCAUUUCUUGGGGCAUCUUACAAUUUUAAGAGACUAAUGUACCGGCCAUGCAGGGAAUCUCUGACCCUAAGUCUUUUCAGCUGGCCUUUUGGGGAGCUAAGAACUAGCUUUCUACCUCACUUCUGUUAACUACCAUCCUUUUCCCCAGGCUUUGCUGUCUCCUAUGCUUUACUUUUCCCAGCUGUUAUCUCUUCCCAGGAGUGGCGUUCUUGCUCACCUUUCCUCAUAUUCAAGAUGAUAGACAAAGCCUGGUGCCAAGAGUGAUCCUGAUGAAGGAUUUGUGGUGCUAAUCCCAACACUUGACAUUGACAGCAAACAUGGCCCAGCCCAACCCAAAUAACAAAAAGGUUUUAAUUUUGUGAAAAAAAGAAUUGAAAAUCACAGGUAGCCUCAUCCUGUACCCCAAGUUCAUUUGAAAUAAGAAGGAGCCACCUUUUGCCUUAAUCUUUACUGUUUUCUGAGAGUAGAGGAAUGGGCACCUGUACCACAAAAUGCGUGAGCACAGGAGCCAAAGAGAUUCCUCAGGUGGUUGAAUGCUUAUCAUUUCUCUCUUGUUGAGUUAUUCUUAAUAAUUUUUAUUGUUUGCUUGCUACUUUUCUUUGUCUAAUAUAGCCAGACUUUUCUUUCUUACACUUUUUUUUUUUUU